AGCGCCCUCCAAAGAAAGGGAAAUCGCGUAGUUGCGUGUCCUCAUCCAGCUCAAUUCAAUACAUUUGCGCCAACGCACCUUCAACAACCCCAUUGCCACGAAACACAACGAAGUAGCUGCCAAAGGCGAGCAGCUAUCCACUCCUUCAUAUCGCGUUGUACGGCGACGAAAGACUUCAACGCUGAGGCGUUACGACAGCCAUCAUGAAUCUUUUCAGAGUGCUGGGGGAUCUCUCCCAUCUGGUCUCGAUUUUGAUCUUAUUACAUAAAAUGCACCAGACGAAUUCCUGCUCCGGCAUAUCCUUCAAAUCCCAAGCCCUCUACCUCAUGGUCUACGUAACCCGCUACAUCGACCUCUUCUGGACCUUCGGCGACAGCGCCUACAACACCAUCUUCAAGCUCCUCUUCCUCGGCUCCUCAGGCUACACCAUCUACCUCAUGACCACAGCCUACAAGCCCACGCACGACCCCAACAUUGACACCUUCCGCGUGCAGUACCUUCUCGGCGGCUCGCUCGUCCUGGCGAUCAUCUUCCCAUACAAGUACACACCGUCGGAAAUCAUGUGGGCGUUUAGCAUCUGGUUGGAAUCUGUCGCAAUUCUGCCGCAGCUGUUUUUGCUGCAGAGGACUGGCGAGGCCGAGACGAUUACGACGCAUUAUUUGUUUGCGCUGGGUAGUUAUCGCGCGCUGUAUAUUCCGAAUUGGAUCUAUCGGUACUGGGCGGAGGGACACUGGGAUGGUAUUUCCGUUAUGGCUGGAUUAGUCCAGACUGUGCUGUACUCGGACUUCUUCUGGAUUUACUACACCAAGGUCCUCAAGGGAAAGAAGUUCGCUCUACCGGUAUAA